UUAUGUUAUCUCGCCGAAUCACGGGGAAGUGUGAGAGUCUUCUCCAGUCAUAGACGAUUUUUGACCUUGGAAAGAUUUCACUUCUCGGCAUUACAUAAUUCCGAAAUUCAUUGUUCAAGCUCAUUUCCAAAACAGUCAUGGGUUGCGAUUGCCUUCCGGUAAUCGUCGGGAUCACGGCUGUGAUUUCUGGGAUAAUAAUCUACAAGUUCUGGUUCAAGAGCUCUGGCCAGAGUGCAACGAAGAGCAAGAGCGGCAAGCCAGCAAAAUUGAAGACUCUUCUGGAUCCCAAUGAGAAGUACUUGCUGCCGCUGAUCGAGAAGGAAGUCAUUAGCCAUGACACGAGGCGCUUCCGCUUUGGCUUGCCAUCAAAGCAGCACGUCCUGGGCUUGCCCGUUGGUCAGCACAUCAAUCUCUCUGCCAACAUCAGUGACGAGUUGGUGAUCCGCGCGUACACGCCAGUGUCCAGCGAUGAUGACUGCGGAUUUGUGGAUCUCGUGAUUAAGGUGUACAAAAGGAACACACAUCCCAAGUUCCCGAACGGUGGGAAGAUGUCACAGUACUUGGACGCCCUGAAUAUUGGCGACACAAUCGCCUUCAGGGGACCCUCGGGAAAGCUUCAGUAUCAGAACAAUGGUGUGUUCAGCGUGAAGAAGAUCCGAAAGGAUCCUCCAGUGAAUGUGCAAGCGACGAAGGUGAACAUGAUUGCAGGAGGAACGGGAAUCACGCCGAUGCUGCAGCUGGUCAGGCACAUCCUGAAGAGUGGCACGGAUAAGACGGAGAUUGCCCUGCUUUUUGCCAAUCAGACGGAGAAUGACAUUCUGCUGAGGAACGAACUGGAGCUCUUUUCCUCUAAGCAUCCUGACCAGUUCAAGGUCUGGUACACACUGGAUUCCACUCCAGCUGAUUGGCAGUACAGCAAGGGCUUCAUCAGUGAUGAGAUGAUCAGGGAUCAUCUUCUGCCGCCGUCUGACUCGACAAUCGUCCUCAUGUGCGGACCACCGCCAAUGAUCACUUAUGCGUGCAUCCCUAACUUGGACAAGCUGGGCUAUGAUCAAAAUCUACGGUUCGCGUACUGAGCGCACAUAAAACUUUCUUCAUUACUUGGUCAGCUAAUCGCUCUUUAUUCAUAUAAAAAUUAAUACAUUCGAUAUGGACGGAUGAGUUUCUACACUAUCAAAUACAAGGCGUUGGCCACUGAGGGAAUUUGUGGACUUACACGUGACUAAAUAAAAGACACAGACUCACGAAAA